AUGGAGUCUCUCCCUUUCAUUUAUGUAGUUCCGGCAUUGUACUUGUGUUUCCUAUUAUGGAAACUAUUGGAUCAAAAGAGGGACCAAGAGUGUUACAUAUUAGAUUACCAAUGUCACAAGCCAACACAAGAUAGAAUGCUAGGGACAGAGUUUUGUGGCAAAGUAAUCAAAAGAACUGAGAAUUUGGGUCUAGAUGAGUACAAGUUUCUUCUCAAAGCCAUAGUAAGUUCCGGCAUAGGCGAGCAAACUUACGCGCCAAGAAACGUCUUCGAAGGCCGCGAAGCAUCGCCAACAAUCCACGACGGGAUCUCGGAGAUGGAAGAUUUUUUCGAAGAUAGCAUUGUGAAACUCCUAGCGCGGUCGAAAAUUUCCCCUUGGGAAAUCGACGUCCUCGUCGUCAACAUCUCGAUGCUCUCCCUUCUUCCGUCUCUAUCCGCGCGGAUCAUCAACCGUUUCAAACUCCGACACGACGUAAAAGUGUACAACCUCACCGGAAUGGGCUGCAGUGCUAGUCUUAUAUCACUAGACAUUGUUCAAAACAUUUUCAAAUCACAAAGAAACAAGUUAGCACUUUUGGUCACAUCAGAAUCUCUUAGUCCAAAUUGGUAUCCCGGAAACAACAAAUCAAUGAUCCUUGCCAAUUGUCUCUUCCGCUCGGGCGGAUGCGCGGUUCUUCUAACAAACAAAAGAUCCUUAAAGGACAAAGCCAUACUCAAAUUGAAGUGUUUAGUAAGAACUCACCACGGCGCGAGAGACGAGUCCUUCGGUUGUUGUAUUCAAGAAGAAGAUGAGCAAGGUAGGCGUGGCAUGUUCCUAGGAAAAAAUCUCCCAAAAGCCGCAACAAGAGCAUUUGUCGACAAUCUAAGAGUAAUAUCACCCAAAAUUCUACCAACAAGAGAACUAUUUAGGUUUCUUUUAGCAUCACUUUUGGAGAAACUUAAAACAUUGAGUUCUUGUUCCAAGUCUUGUAAUGUUGGAGGAACAAAAAGUACAAAAAAAUCACCAUUGAAUUUCAAAACCGGUGUUGAUCAUUUUUGUCUCCAUACAGGAGGAAAAUCAGUGAUAGAUGGAGUUGGAAUGAGUUUAGAUCUAAGUGAAUAUGAUCUUGAGCCAGCAAGGAUGACACUUCAUCGUUUUGGUAACACUUCUGCUAGUAGUUUGUGGUAUGUGUUAGGUUACAUGGAAGCAAAAAAGAGAUUAAAGAAAGGUGAUAGAGUUCUUAUGAUAAGUUUUGGAGCUGGAUUUAAAUGCAAUAGUUGUUUAUGGGAAGUGAUGAAGGAUCUUGGAAAUGGAUAUGGGAAUGUUUGGGAUGAUUGUGUUCAUGAUUAUCCACCACACAGUUUGGUUAAUCCUUUCAUGGAGAAGUAUGGUUGGGUUAAUCAACUUGAGGAUGAAAACAACGUUGAACUUCCUGAUUUUCUUAAGUGA